GGACCCCACGGUCUUCAGUCCAGCGGCGCGCACGGCUAUGAAGGAAGCUCUUCUCCUCCGUUACUCCCUCUUCCCUGUCCUCUACACACUCUUCCACCACGCUCACGCCAGCGGACACACCGUCGCCAGGCCACUGCUGUUUGAGUUCCCCAGAGACCAGCGCACCUAUGCGCUCGAUAAACAGUUCCUGUGGGGGAAGAGUUUGCUGGUGACACCGGUGCUGGAGCCGGGUGUGGAGUAUGUGGUGGGCUACUUCCCCAAAGGCCUGUGGUACGACUUCUACACGGGAGACUCUUUGGCCAGCAGUGGGGAGGAUAUUAAACUGCAGGCGCCACUGGACAAGAUCAACCUUCACCUGAGAGAGGGCAGCAUCAUACCCACCCAGAGACCCAACAUCACUCUCUGGGUGAGCAGUGGGCAGCCGAUGCAUCUGAUUGGUGCUCUGUCUGAGGAUGGCGUUGCCGAGGGUGACCUGUUCUGGGACGAUGGGGAAACCAUAGCAACCUACGAGAACAACCAGCACGCCUACAUCCGCUUCCGAGUCCAGAAGAGCACUAUGACCUCAGAGGUGCUGCAGGCCAAUGUGGAGGCUAGUUACAUCACCGUGGAAACCGUCUCCUUUUAUGGUGUGAAGCCGGAACCCAAGAGAGUUACAGUGAACUCUCAAGAUGCAGAUUUCACCUACCGAGCCAAUCAGGUUCUCACUGUGACUAAUUUGGGUUUGAACUUGAGCCAGAACUUCACCAUCAGUUGGAUGUAGACGUUUUGGGAACAUCAGCUUGUCCGAGUCAGGAAUGUUUGGGAAUUCUGUUGAGGGAUGGGACAUCACUCCGGCCAGCUCCACAGCUUGACCAUGAACCCACGCCUGCCAUGUCCGUGUUCGGCAUCGUCCAAUGAGAGCUUUUGGAGUGGUCACAUGAUCUUACCUAAUGCAGAUGAAGUGAGGGCCCGAUCUCCUCGUGUGUGUGUGUGUGUGUGUGUGUGUGUGUGUGGGCACUGGUGUGUGUGUGUGUG